UAUUCGUCAGUGCUGCAACAGAUGUCUUGAGAAAUCGUUGUAUCAAAGGGCUUGGGAGGAGGGUUUUGGCAAAAGACUUGGGUUCCUCUCUGGUAAUUCGUGGAGGAGAGAAGAUGCAGAUCAAUCUACAAAAUGUGGUGGUGGGAGACCUGGUAGAAGUGAAGGGUGGAGACCGAAUCCCUGCUGACAUCCGGCUCAUCUCUACACAAGGAUGCCAGGUGGACAACUCAUGCUUGACUGGAGAGUCAGAGCCCCAAACCCGUUCCCCUGAUUUCACCCAUGAGAACUCUCUGGAGACCCAAAACAUCUGCUUCUUCUCCACCAACUGUGUGGAAGGAACAGCCAGGAGCAUCGUAAUUGCCAAGGGAGACUCCACAAUGAUGGGCCGCAUUGCCACCUUGACAUCAGGCCUGGAAACUGGCAAGACCCCCAUUGCUAUAGAGAUCGAACACUUCAUCCAUCUUAUAACCUUGGUGGCCAUCUUCCUUGGUGUCAUUUUCUUUGGGCUCUUCAUUAUCUUGGGCUACAGCUGGCUGGAGGCUGUCAUUUUCCUUAUUGGCAUCAUUGUAGCCAAUGUGCCUGAGGGGCUGCUGGCCACUGUCACUGUGUGUCUGACACUGGCAGCCAAACGCAUGGCCAGGAAGAACUGCCUGGUGAAGAACCUGGAGGCGGUAGAGACACUGGGCUCCACCUCUACCAUCUGCUCUGACAAGACAGCCCUCACCCAGAACCACAUGACCGUCGCACACUUGUGGUUCGAUAAGACCACCUAUGAGGCCGACACCAGCAAAGAACAGAUUGGGAAUACAUUUGCCAAGGGCUCUGAUACCUGGUUUAUCCGGGUCCGAAUCGCUGGACUCUGCAACAGGGCUGACUUUAAGGCUAAUCUGGAGAUCCUUCCCAUAGCUAAGGUGUCAGCAGGGGAUGCUUCUGAGUCAGCCCUCCUCAAGUUCAUUGAGCAGUCCUACAGUUCUGUGAAGGACACGACAGAGAAAAGCCCCAAGGUGGCAGAGAUUCUUAAUUUUACCAACAAAUACCAGAUGUCCAUCCACCUUCGGGAAGACAGCUCCCAGGCUCAUGUGCUGAUGAUGAAGGGGGCUCCUGAAAGGAUCUUGGUUUGCUCUAGUUACCUUCUGAAUGGGCAGGAGUACCCAAUGGACAAUGAAAUAAAAGAAGCCUUCCAAUAUGCCUACUUGGAACUGGGAGGUCUGGGGGAACAUGUGCUAGGGUUCUGCUUCUUGAAUCUACCUAACACUUUCUCCAAGGGAUUCAAAUUUAAUACAGAAGAAAUCAAUUUCCCCAUGAAUGACCUUUGUUUUUUGGGGCUCAUAUCCAGGAUGGGACCCUCCCCGAGCUGCAGUGCCUGAUGCUGUGGCAAGUGUUGCAGUGUAGGG